UUCUAUUAGCAUAAGAAGACUGGCUUUGGUGAGAAGGUUGGUUUGUGCUUAAAACGACAAAAUUUGAAGAUUUUGUGUUAUUGUCAAAGCAUGAAGUAUAUAAAGCGGGAAAAAGCGUGGAUUAUAGAAAGACAAAAGUGAGGUAAAGAAAAGGACAAAGGAGAUAAAAGCUGAUAAGGUGAUCUUGUUUGGAUGAGAAGAUGUGAGAUAAGGCUACUCUCUCGCUAGGAAGUUAAAGCAGCAGAAAAACCCGUGAGAGAAAUGGCGGCAACCGCGUCAAUCUUUACGUCUCCGACUCAACCCUUUUCGGCCACGCGGUCGGUGAGAGAUGCAGCUAGCAGCUUUAUGGGUGCAUCAUUGCCACGGAAUUUUACAAAGACGAAAAGAUUAGUUAAGAUAAGUGUAAAAGUGACUGCAGCUGCUACUGUUACAAAAAAUCCUAUGGAACAAAUUAAAGAGUAUGCACUCCCUUCGUGGGCUAUGUUCGAACUGGGGAGGGCUCCUGUAUAUUGGAAAACCAUGAAUGGUCUUCCUCCAACUGCUGGAGAGAAGGUGAAGGUUUUCUACAAUCCAGCUGCAACUAAACUUGUUCCAAAUGAAGAAUAUGGCAUUGCUUUCAAUGGAGGUUUCAAUCAGCCUAUCAUGUGUGGUGGUGAACCGAGAGCAAUGCUGAGGAAAUCUCGAGGCAAGGCUGAUAGUCCAAUAUACACCAUCCAGAUAUGCGUUCCUAAGCAUGCUGUGAACUUGAUCUUCUCAUUCACAAAUGGAGCCAAUUGGGAUGGUCCUUACAGACUACAGUUUCAAGUUCCGAAGGCUUGGCAAAACAGACCAAUUGAAUUUUUUAACCGGGGGCUGGCAGAGGAGUUGAGUCAAGAAGGUGCAUGUGACAGAGCAAUCUUUCCAGACACAAAUGUUGUUGUUGAUAGAUGUGUUUUGAUCGGGAACUUAUCUAAAGAAGGAGGUGAUCGUUGCAGCCUUGAUCUGGUUCCUGGAUGCAUGGAUCCUAGCUCCCACUUAUACAACCCUCUCGCUAAUGUAGAUGACGGGUCAUGCCCAAUUGACUCUGAUUUUGAGGACUAGUGUCGGCCAGCCGCAUCUCAGUCACUCAUCUCAUAUCAUUUAAUACAAUCAUUGGGCAGAGGUCUAGAGUUACCAUGGCAGACUAUUUGCAGAAUGACUCCCUGGUAUCAACCGGUAGUCCCAUAGCGCAUUUGCCCUGCCUGUGACUUCUCAAGAAAUUUGAAUAUAAAGCUGCAAAUAUUCAUAUGAAUGAGUUACAGGAUAAUAUUAUUACAAAUUGGCUAUCAUCUCCACCCUGAUAUUAGUUGCAGUAUAUCGUAACAGUUGUGAAGAUGGAAAUGAGACAAUUCUUGUAUAGAAUGUAGCAUAAGGCAUAUAUCCUUAAAAUAA